ACACGUUUGUAGUUGUUCAACCCAACGGAUAUAUAAAAGACACUGUAGGUGGUGCAACCUUUCAAAGUUGGAAUCCUUUUUUGAUGAAUGUUGAUACUGAUCAUCAAGAGUCUCUACUUGAGUUGAAGAAUCUGAUAUUGGCGAACAUGGGUGAACUUGGAAGAAAGAAGAUAUCUCAUAUGGCAUAUAAGUUGCAUGGUAUAAUAGUCCCCCAAUUAUCUGACAGUUAGGUUAUUUGGCUCACCUCUGACCAAGACAUUCACUUGAUGUUUGAUUUCCAUGUCUCAAGUCGUGAGCUAUGAGGUAUAGAGUUGUACAUUAAAGUUGAAGACAUGAUUAGUUCAGCCAGUUCGAAAGCCAAUCCGCAAGUUGUUCAAUCGGACAAUAUUGGUAUUUGGUAGAGGACCAAAGAGAGUACAAUCACCAGUAACAUCCCCAAGUUUUGCGUUCCCCAACCGUGUUGAAAAUGUGAAAGUUGAUGGAAAAAGAACCAAUGUUUGUGCAAGUCCAGCUAACAUGGCAUCAAGAGGUGUUGCAGUGGACAAACUCUGCCUUCCACCCAAGACUGGGAAUAUUGCAGGUGCCUGCGGUGUCUUUCCACCUCCAACUUCAAAGAAAUCUUCAUUUGUGGACAUGGGUGCUGAUCUAGGACUUUCACCUCCGAAAAAAAUGCAAAAAAUGAUGGAUGGCAAAGGGAAGCCAGUUGAAAAUGGUGUGCUGAUCCCCGACAUUGAGGAGUCCAAUGUGUACUCCAAACCCUUUCAAGCCCAAGAUAUGUGCCGCAACUUGGAGCCACCUAUCACCUCCAAAUCUCAGAUGGUGCUAGAAGGCCGAGUUAAGGAAUUAGAGAUCCGCCUUGAGUCAAAGGAAAACGAGAGAGCUGCCUUAGAGGAAUUGAAUGUUACUUUAACCGCCAAGAUUAGUAAUCUGAAAAACAAGCUGAAGGAGGCUGAUAAGGAGAAGGCUCAGUUAAGGAAGGAGAAAACAACAUCAAAGCCUCAAAGGGGAUAAUUGAGCCGUUGGAGGCAGAGGUCAAACAUCUGAGAUGUUCCAUCCUUGAAGCAAAGGAGAGAGCACACAGGAACAUCAUGGAGCAAGUGUGUCUUCUGGGUAUUGACUUUUUGCUUGUUCACCCUAAUAAUCGAGUUGUCAAUGGAGAGAUUGCAUGAUACAAGCCCAUUAAUUUCUCUGCCCAGCUAACGGUUUCUCUGGCCCAAUUGCUUUCUCAUCGCUUUCAGCUUCUUGUAUUGGGCUGGAAGUAGCAGCUGUUGUUAAUGGGCUUGUAUCAUUGUAAAUCCUAAGAAGGAUAGUGUACCACAAGUUACCUAUGCUAUGGAAUUUGGAUGCAAACGUCCAACACAUCCAAUGUUGCGUCGAUGAAGCAAAGGAGAUAUCACAUGGUAACAUCAUGGAACAAGAAUGGUAGUGAACCCCAAGUUUGUUUUGUUGGCAAGCACUCAGGUGCAACGCUGAUUGCAUAGGCAAACUGCAAACACUUCACGCUACAAUAGGAUAAUUUCGUUGAUUAUGUAUUAGCUUUAUUUUUGAAAUUUUAAAUAUGACACUCACUGCAAGGUGUAAAAUUAAAGUGACUUGUAUGAGUAGAUGCAUGAGGCCAUGCAUCAAUUCUGUUGGAAUGCAAUUUUA